AUGCCUCAGAAGCUCAAGCUAGCCGUCUCCCAAUCCCGCAGUCUCGCCAAUGUGAAGCAGACACUCGCCGAUCUCGAGAAGACCACAAAGAAUGCAGCAUCACAAGGCGUCGAUCUGAUCCUCUUCCCAGAAGCCUACCUAGGCGGCUAUCCGAGACACUGCUCGUUCGGUGCAGUAGUAGGCCAGCGAAGUGAUGAGGGCCGGGAACAAUAUCUACAAUACUUCAAAGGCUGCCCCGACCUGGGGGACACCCCAGCGGGAGCAAGAGAUGACUGGGUCGACCGAAAGCUGCCGGUAGCGAAGGGCCAGGAACACCGGGGUGAUGGCACGAGAGAGACGUUGGAAAGAAUUGCUCGCGAGACUGGCGUCUUCAUUGUCACUGGCCUUGUAGAAAGAUGUGGAGGGAGUCUUUACUGCGCGGUGCUGUACGUUUGUCCAAAACAAGGCUGUCUGGGCAAGCGUAGGAAGGUCAUGCCCACUGGAUCCGAACGACUAGUAUGGGCACAGGGUUCGCCGUCAACACUACGUGCCGUCACUACGACGAUCAAGGGAGUAAGGCUUUGCAUGGCGUCCGCGAUUUGCUGGGAGAACAUGAUGCCCCUGCUGCGAUAUAGCUUGUACUCGCAAAACGUUAAUCUUUGGCUCGCACCUACAGCUGAUGCACGCCCGACCUGGUGGCCAUUGAUGCAGACGGUUGGUAGUGAAGGGCGGUGCUUCGUGCUGAGCGCCAUCACGUGCGUCAAGAAGAAGCAUCUUCCUGCUUGGACGUAUGGCAUUGAAAAGAGUGCACCGACAGUGGUCCAGGAGAAGAGCAUGAACGGCGCUGCGUCUCCUCCACCUACUUCUCCUACUCGGCAUAAACGAAGGAGCUCGACUUUCACUUCCGAGAACCAUGAAAUUGUCCUCCCGGCAGUGGACGAGAACGCCAGCCAGUCGAAGUCGGCGCUCACUGAUGGUUCAGGCGAAGAGUUCGCAUGCAGAGGCGGGUCUUGCAUCAUUGGACCUAUGGGUGAUACUAAAGUCGAGCCGCUGUGGGAGGUUGAAGAUGGCGGUCUCUUGAUACACGAGGCUGAUUUCGAAGACUGCGAGCGCGGACGUCUGGAUCUGGACGUUGCUGGAAGUUAUUCGAGGAACGAUGCGUUCCAUUUGACGGUUGAUGGGCUGGACAUCACGCCUCCGCCAUAG